UGCACCACAAUGGUCGGAGCACUGGUUUCUUUGACUCUUCUUUGUACUCUGUCCCUUAUUCAAUCCAUAGAUCCCCACCUGAUCUCAGUGACUGUGGCUCAACCUGGUGAUACUGUAACUUUCCAGUGUCCAUUCUUAACAGAAAAAUUUGACUUCAUUUGCUGGCAUAAGCAGUCUGUUGGACGUAUGGUACAAACCGUCGCUUCGAAAAUUUCGACCACACAAACAUUUCAUGAAGAGUUUAAUAACCCACGUUUCUCCAUUGGAAAAAGUGAUUCUGAGUUUAAUCUGAUCAUCAGAAAUGUAAGCAGAGAAGAUGAAGCAACAUACUUCUGUCAAGGAGGAACAGCAUAUAAAAUCACCAACCUUAAUGCAACAUAUUUGCGUGUGAAUGAUUACAACCAGCAGAAGUCUGUCCUCCUGACACAGUGGCCGGAGACUGAGUCCGUCCAGCUGGGAGAAGCAGUGACUCUCCAGUGUUCGGUUCUCUUUGAGAACAAAGACAGCAGCAGCUGGUGUUCAGGUGAACACAGUGUGUACUGGUUCAGAGCCGGAUCAGGAGAAUCCCAUCCAGGCGUCAUUCACAGUCGUGGGAACAGAAGUCAUGAAUGUCAGGAGAGUCCUUCUCGUCAACGGAGCUGUGUUUACACACUCUCCAAAAGUGUAACCAACUCCUCUGAUGCUGGGACUUACUACUGUGCUGUGGCCACAUGUGGGGAGAUCCUGUUUGGAAAUGGAACUAAAGUGGACACAAGACCAGAAUUGCUUCCAGCUGUCAUUGUGCUUGGGGUCCUAUUGGCUUGCUGCGUGACGAUGAUCACCGUCUUUAUUUUCGGCAGAAAUCGAAGGAGAGUUUGUGAACACUGCAGAGGAACAGUGAGUGCUUCCAGUCAUCCUGUACGUGACAGAUCAGCCGUUCCCUGGUCAAGUGAUCUGGAUGGUGAAGCAGGGGCAGUGAACUAUGCAGCAUUGAGUUUCUCCACAAGGUAUGCCAAAAGGGGGAGGAAGAAGAGAGAGUCACCAGUGUACAGUGUUUACUCUGCUGUGAGAUCAGAGCACCAGUGAAGUGUUUUACUUAUAGUAUCUGAAAACAAAACAUUUAAUAUGUAAACUGCCACGUAGAAUAGUGUCAGGCUGCUUUAAUUUUGUUUGGAUAAAUGUGGUAAAUGGUAAAACAUUAAAAAAAAAAAAGGAAGCUCAGCGCUAGUCGACCAGUUGUACCACUAAAGGUUUCAGUGCCAGUACGCAGUAACAGGAACAGCGUUAUAACACCCUCCAGUGCUUUUUUUUAGUCAUUUCUUGCUCGAGUAACCUGACAGACAAAAUAAAUUGUGAUGCUUCAUAAUUUUCAGCUUUUUUCCAAUAAUACAGACAGCAGGCCGGACAAGCAAUGUAACUUCUGUGGGUUGCUGAGUGACUGUGGCUUAAUGGUGGGUGGGCUCAGCUCCUCAACACACAGAGUGCUAGGAAGGGUGUGUUUGAUUUAUUGUUCCCAUACUCACCAAAUUUGUGGAUUGCUGGACUAUUCAGGGUGUCGUUUGAAUAGGGCAAGGACAGAUAAAUUAUAAUAAAAACACUUUUUUUUAUUGCAAGGAUGGAUAUACUGUGUGAUAAUGUUGAUAACAGUACAGUGGAUUGGUGUUCAGUGGAUUAGUUUAUGAUUCUGUAUGCAAACUUGUUUUGAUUUUAUUGAAGCAAUGACAAUUUUUUUUGUUGCCUGUCACACUGAGUAUAUCUUCAACAUGAACAGUCACUUAAAAUUUCAUGUCAAACUUUAAUCAAGUCAUUGUGCUGUUUAAGGAAUAUUUGAAUAUGAAUAAAUGGACACGUCUUGCUUCAAAUACAUUACAAAUGCCAGUGACGGGGAACAGAAAUAGCUUUUAUUUUCCAGUUACUACUUUAACUUACCUAUAUAUUUCAGCAGUAAAAUUAUUAUCCAAGGCCAAGCAUUGCUUUGCUGUGUAGGCCAUGUCUUAUGAUCACCUUGCAACAGUGUCAGCA